GGAGCCAGUCUAGACUGUCACUAUCAGGCAUUGUAGUAUUUACUGGUGUGAGGAUUCUGCCUUUCCGCUAGCUUCACUUAGCUUAACAGAGCAACCUGCAACCAGAACUCGCUGAGACUGUAGAAAACCCAGGGAGCUGUUCUGACUGUCACAGCCUGAAAACGACUAAGUCCCAGGGUUUUGGUGAGGACUGUGAUGUAAACCUCCUAAGACGCCUAGGUUUCAACUAAUGUAAGAAGUCCUGAGAUAGCGGGAGCCCUUUUUUGCAGCACCGGCUGCUCCAGCACCGGGUCUCCCAUCCAAGGAGAAACAGGGCAAAAGUCUCUUGAAAACUUGCCCAAUUCUGAGACCAGCUUGAUCCAGCUACUUCUUCCUGCUCUCACCCCACGCCGCCGGGACAGCGCGACUACCACCCUUCCUCUGCAUCUGGGUGGAGGGUAAGAACAGGAGCUGACCAAGACUGCCCCUCCCGACCAGGAGGUGGAGAUCCCACGGGUCCUGCGACUCAACACCCACUUCCCCCUCCCUGUGCCCCUAUAUCACCGGCACCCCCUCCUCCUUCCUUUUUCCCUCCUCCCAGGAGACAGGGGAGGAGAAAAGGGGAUCUCAAGUCGUCAUGACUGAGCUGCAGGCAAAGGAUCCGCGAACUCUCCACACAUCUGGCGCCGCGCCCUCCCCCACCCACGUCGGGUCUCCCUUGCUUGCACGCUUGGACCCGGAUCCCUUCCAGGGGAGUCGGCACUCGGACGCGUCGUCUGUAGUCUCGCCUAUACCGAUCUCCCUGGACGGGCUACUCUUCUCUCGGUCCUGCCAGGCUCAGGAGCUCCCAGACGAAAAGACACAAGAUCAGCAGUCGCUGUCCGACGUGGAGGGAGCUUUCUCUGGAGUCGAAGCCGCUCGCGCUGAAGGAGGCAGAAAUCCCAGAGCUCCGGAGAAGGACAGCAGACUCUUAGACAGUGUCUUAGACACCCUGUUGGCGCCCUCGGGGCCCGAGCAAAGCCAAACCAGCCCUCCAGCCUGCGAGGCCAUCACUUCUUGGUGUCUCUUUGGGCCAGAGCUUCCAGAAGACCCCCGCAGUGUCCCCGCUACCAAGGGGUUGUUGUCCCCGCUCAUGAGCCGGCCAGAGAGCAAGGCUGGCGACAGCUCCGGGACAGGAGCAGGGCAGAAGGUGCUGCCCAAAGGGCUGUCACCACCCCGGCAGCUGUUGCUCCCGACCUCGGGGAGUGCUCACUGGCCCGGGGCAGGGGUGAAGCCAUCUCAGCAGCCUGCUACGGUGGAGGUGGAGGAGGACGCUGGUCUCGAGACCGAGGGCUCUGCGGGUCCGCUUCUGAAGAGCAAACCUCGAGCACUGGAAGGCAUGGGUAGCGGAGGAGGAGUCACAGCCAACGCGCCCGCGGCGGCCCCAGGAGGCGUCACCAUGGUCCCCAAGGAAGAUUCCCGGUUUUCUGCUCCCAGGGUCUCCUUGGAGCAAGACGCUCCAGUUGCCCCCGGGCGCUCCCCACUGGCCACCACAGUGGUGGAUUUCAUUCACUUGCCCAUUCUGCCUCUGAACCACGCUCUCCUAGCCGCCCGCACCCGGCAGCUGCUGGAGGGGGACAGCUACGACGGCGGGGCUGCUGCGCAGGUCCCUUUUGCUCCACCUCGGGGCUCGCCCUCCGCGCCAUCCCCGCCGGUGCCCUGCGGUGACUUCCCAGACUGCACCUACCCUCCAGAAGGCGACCCUAAAGAGGACGCGUUCCCUGUUUACGGCGAUUUCCAGCCUCCCGGCUUGAAGAUCAAGGAGGAGGAGGAGGGCACGGAGGCUGCUUCCCGCUCGCCGCGCCCCUACCUGUUGGCCGGAGCCAGCGCCGCCACCUUCCCAGACUUCCCGCUGCCGCCGGCGCCGCCGCGAGCGCCAUCCUCCAGGCCCGGAGAGGCAGCGGUAGCCGGCGGCCCGAGCAGCACCGCGGUGUCGCCAGUGUCCUCGUCGGGCUCCGCACUGGAGUGCAUCCUGUACAAAGCGGAGGGCGCGCCGCCCACGCAGGGUUCGUUCGCCCCAUUGCCCUGUAAACCCCCGGCCACCAGCUCCUGCCUGCUUCCCCGGGACACCCUGCCCGCCGCCCCGGCCUCCUCCGCAGCACCCGCCAUCUACCCGCCGCUCGGCCUCAAUGGGCUCCCUCAGCUGGGUUACCAGGCCGCGGUGCUCAAGGACAGCCUGCCCCAAGUCUACCCGCCAUACCUCAACUACCUGAGGCCAGAUUCAGAAGCCAGCCAGAGCCCACAAUAUGGCUUUGAUUCUUUACCUCAGAAGAUCUGUUUAAUCUGCGGGGAUGAAGCAUCUGGCUGUCACUAUGGAGUGCUUACCUGUGGGAGCUGCAAGGUCUUCUUUAAGAGGGCGAUGGAAGGGCAGCAUAACUAUUUGUGUGCCGGAAGAAAUGAUUGCAUUGUUGAUAAAAUCCGCAGAAAAAACUGUCCCGCAUGUCGUCUGAGAAAGUGCUGUCAGGCUGGCAUGGUCCUUGGAGGUCGUAAGUUUAAGAAGUUCAAUAAAGUCCGAGUUAUGAGAGCCCUCGAUGGUGUUGCUCUCCCCCAGUCAGUGGGCCUUCCUAAUGAGAGCCAGACCCUGGGCCAGAGAAUCACAUUUUCACCCAAUCAAGAGAUUCAACUGGUUCCGCCACUCAUCAACCUGCUCAUGAGCAUUGAGCCUGAUGUGGUUUAUGCAGGGCAUGACAACACAAAGCCCGACACGUCCAGCUCUUUGCUGACCAGUCUCAACCAGCUAGGCGAGAGGCAGCUGCUGUCAGUAGUCAAAUGGUCUAAGUCUCUGCCAGGUUUCCGAAACUUACACAUCGAUGACCAGAUAACCCUGAUUCAGUACUCCUGGAUGAGUCUGAUGGUGUUUGGCCUGGGGUGGAGGUCGUACAAGCAUGUCAGUGGACAGAUGCUAUAUUUUGCACCUGACCUAAUCCUGAAUGAGCAGAGGAUGAAGGAGCUGUCAUUCUACUCGCUGUGCCUUACCAUGUGGCAAAUCCCACAGGAGUUUGUCAAGCUCCAGGUGACCCACGAGGAGUUCCUCUGUAUGAAAGUCUUACUUCUUCUUAACACAAUUCCUUUGGAAGGCCUGAGAAGUCAAAGCCAGUUUGAGGAGAUGAGGUCAAGCUAUAUUCGGGAAUUGAUCAAGGCAAUUGGCUUAAGACAGAAAGGGGUGGUCCCCAGUUCACAACGCUUCUAUCAACUUACAAAACUUCUUGACAGCUUGCAUGAUCUUGUGAAACAGCUCCACCUGUACUGCUUGAAUACGUUCAUCCAAUCCCGGGCACUGGCUGUGGAAUUUCCGGAAAUGAUGUCUGAAGUUAUUGCUGCCCAGUUGCCCAAGAUCCUGGCGGGCAUGGUGAAGCCUCUCCUCUUUCACAAAAAGUGAUGACUUUUCUUUGUUUCCUCUGCAAAAAUUGAAUUUUGUGGUGUGUCAUUUUGUCUCAGUCAGGACAGUCAGCUCUGUGUCUUUAUAAUGUCCUUCUGAAAGCCUUACGUGUAUACAUAUCACAUUGUAAACUUAGGAGAAAACCAAUGAGAUUCGGAUUUUCCUUUGUGAUGUCUAAGCAAAAUUUUUAAAGUGUUUUGUGCACCCAUAUUUUGAGAGUUUACAUGGUUAAAAAGGACUAAAGUUGAUUGUAUAAGUAAACUAUAUCUCACCCGUGUUAUUUUGAGCUUUCCAGAUGAGGAUCUUUAGCUUCCGCAUCUAACAGCUCUCCACUGGAAGGGCAGAAACCCCCUACCUGCAAUUACCACAGGCUACCAAACGGGCUAUGGCUACGUAGUACCUUUGGUCUCCUGCUUAUAUUUCCAAAGGGGAACUCUUAAAACGGCAGCCAAAAAUGUGAUGUGAAACAGAUUUUCAGAGGGUUUUUAAUGGAAAAAAAAAGCAGCAAAGGAACAAAAACAAACCAGGGAUGAAAGGAGUUGAUGUUUUUAACGCUAGACGAACUGUGUUCAAGGCUCUGUUUGGAAGCAGAUUUAUGACAGAGUUAAUGACAGCCAUACAGUUUCUGUGACAUUAUUGAGGAUGGGUUUAGGGGUAGGCUGUCUUUAAAUAAGACCUGUGAAUAGAGACAGAAAUCAUGAGGUCUGUUCUUUCAUUGGAAUCCCUGUGGUUGGCUGACCUUACAAAGUCAGUCUCCCUUGGUAGUUCCAUGUCCUUGCUUUUUAAGAAUGAUAUGACAGCAUUCUCUUGACAAACACUUUCUUUGGUCAUAUUGUCUUAUUGACACUUUAUCAAAGAAGGCUGGGGGAAGGAAAGGAGGGAGAAAGGAAAGGGGGGAUAAAUACCAUUAUUUAUUAUGUGUUUCUCUUGGGAAAUGUAGAGAGUGAAUCUCAGGAGGAAAGUAUUUUUAGUGCCUCUAAAUCUGAAAGAUGCAUUAGAAAUAGACAAGUCUCAGGUGAAAAGUUUUGAGUGCCUAUGACCCAAUUCUAAGUGAGAUGCUUCAGGAAAACCUAGAUACUUGCAUAAAAUCACACAGCCAGGUACAGUGAUGAUAAAACACACAGUUCACUUAGUCAUUGCUACUUAAAAUAUUCAUUUGAAAGACAGUUUUUUUUCCAAGAUGAGUCACUAGAGAUAUAUUAGUUAAUAAAACAAGUCACACAUAUGAACAUACACCACCAUGGUAUAAAUAGUGAGCUCUUUAGCAUAUUUGGAAUAGGGAUUAAAACGGGGACUAAUGGAGACCCUUGGCGUGUGUUCCCUUCAUGCAUGUGGAAAUCAUAAUGGCCCACCUGCACAGCAGUACCUUGGUUAGAGCAGUCAGUCAGUUUUACCCAGGCACUCCAAUGGUCAGCGUUAGAAAAUAGAUGCUCCUGCUACUGACUGACCUACAUGCCUCCUUCUGCAAUAUGUCUGAAAUGCAUCGCAUUCUUUACUGGUGCGUGGCACUUCUUAAUCUCCAUAGACACACGCAAACUUCACUUUACAGGCCAAAGCAGGAUCUGAUUCCUUGGGCUAUACCCCUAACCAUUAUUCUUUAAUUCAUCAACUUACUCUGCUGCUGUUAUGUGCCUGCUAUGCCAAUCUUUACAUAACAAAAAAGAAAAAAAGGAAGAAAGAAAACAAAUUUCUGCUAGAACUUGACUCCAGACCCAUGCACAUGUCAACCUUCAAGAGCCCCUAUCAUUCCUGUAUAGUUUUUCUGUCUUUCGUAUAGUGAUUGGAUCCCUCGUAUGUUUCCCAGAAGUUGUUUAAAUUACAAUAAUAUGUAACUGCAUCAUUUUGAUGGUCCAUAGGUCUAGGGGUUGUGCUUAGGACAGAUGGCAGUGUUUCUUGACAAAGAGUUGACUGUGACAUUUGUCCUGCUGAGGUUCUACUGGGUGAUACUGAUAAACCCUUCUUGUGUCUUUAUCAAUCAUUUUAUCUGAAAAUUUCUCUUCAUUUCUAAGCUAUAUUUUCCCUAUCCCAUGGCAACUUGCCUUUUAUUGACUACAUCAUGGGAGCACAUUUUAUAUGCAUUUAGGAAAAGAAUGGUUUGUUUCCUGUUCUGAACUGAAUGAAUGGAAUAUUAUUUCCUUCCCUAUAAAAGAUUCUAUAGGCAGUUAAAUACUCUGACAUUGUUUUGUAUUCGAAACUUUGAUGUAAAAAUUUUCCCUCGUUUUUUAUUGUAUUCAACAAAUAUUUUGGAGUGCCUAAUGUGAGCAUAAGAAAACACAUGAAUAAGCUUUAAUAGAACCUGGAGCUAAAGGAAAACUGUAUAUAACUCAAGAGGUUAUAGCUAUGAGUUGUACAAAUCUAAUGUCUGCUAACUAAAGGAUCAUCAAAUAUCUGUGGUAUAUAAAUAAAUCCUUAAAGUUUGAUAGGUGUGAGACAUUACUUAUGUACAACUUGAAUGAGAUAAGUGCUAGAAAAGAUUGUAUUUUUAAAUUAAUAAUUAUUUAAUCCAGGCAACUGUCGGCCAUUCAUUUGCUUUAAACUUUAGUGUAUUUUUGCAUGUUGGUAAAGAUUUUAAUACCAUUUUCCAAAAAUAUAGUGACAAUAAAAUACUUUUAAAAUCUCUCAAAUAGGAUACUUAGGGAAUAUUUUUUCUGUGGCAGUUGUAUUCAUUGUGAGAGAUGGUGAAUGACUGUGGUCAAGGACAAUGUCACAAGUCCUUUUCCUCAAGCGAUGGACCCUGAAACACUGGAUACGAUCAUUAUUCGAUUAUUUAUUAUUCACUAUUCAAUCAGUUUUCCUUUGAGUUAAAGGACUAAUUUGAUAGUAGUUAUCUUUGUAUACCAGCACAGUUUAACUUUCAAAAUAAUGAAAACUCUCUAAUUUCAUUCAACAAUGAGGAAAUAAAGUAUGUUGGCCCCAGGACUGGAUUUUAGUGUGGCCCUUGUUUUGCAGCUGCCUAAAAACAUUUGAUAUUCUUGAUCUUGAUCUUGAUCUCCAUACAUAGUUUAAAUGUCUGAACACCAAGUUUUAAUAUUUAAAAAUGUUUCUAAGCUUAGAAAGAAAAACAUUCUCAGAAGAGCAUGGCUUGACCAAAUGGAAGUUAUCUCAUCUCUGGAUCUUUUACUCUACAAUUUCCAACUGUGAUGACUCCAUGCGUGUGUAGUCAUUGUAACCUUUAUCUCUGUUCUGCAGGUCACGUUCUCUGGGUUGCUCUAAGGUAAAAUAAAAGCUUAGGAACACAGGAAACACUUGAAGGUUAGAUGGUUUUGCUUCCUGACAUAUUUCAUUUACAAAGUUAGAAAAUGACUUGUGUCUAAAGAGAUUCUGUGUCCAGUAUCGUUUUGUGGAACUAUUUUGAUUCUGCUGUUUAAAACAUGGCACGUUUAGUUAGGUGAUGCUUUUCCAUUGUACUUUCUCACUUGACUUUACGUCUUACUAUUGUACAUGUAUGAAAUAAAAUAUUUUUAAAUAGCCACAGUAAA